GGUUCGAUCCCUCAAGAGCCGCCGUCUCAAACUUCGUCUGCAACUCUAGAGAGAGAGAAGGGAGGAAAAUAGAGCGAUAGAAGUUUGGUAUUUCUUGCCUGUGGCUGCAAGCUUGGAGAGAAGCCCCAAGUAGCGCAAGGGAGAUGCAGAACCCUUCCCCUCCUCCUCCUUGCUCUUGAGGAGAUAAAUCUUGCCAAAUGAUUUAUGAAAAAUUAUAAUGGAGGCUUCUCAAUAAGAUUCGGCAAUGAAGCAGUAUUUACAUAUGUAACUAGUUUGAAGAGCUCAAUCAGACCUUUGCACCCAUCAUGCAUUCAAGCUUGUACCCUGAACCGUCUGAAGAUGGAGAAACCACUAAGUUAAAUUGUGAGACGACGGUAAAAAAUGCUUCAGUUCAGGCACAGCUGCCCUCUAAAUUUUUUAAUGAGAGAUUAGCAACGCCCAGGGUUAGAUGUGCAGUUGAUGUUGAUGAAGCCAGGCCCUUGAGAUGUAGGAGGUCAUCACGGAGGCCUCGUUCAGAUCGUUAUACAACGGAAACUGAGGUUUUGGCUUCGGCAUCAUCAUCAGGAAACCGUCCGAAACCAUGGCCAAGUAGAAAAGGAGCUGAGGUAGAAGAGCUGGUUAAAUACAUGUCAAGCGUCCCAUGUUAUCUCCAGCGCAUAGAGAAGGGAGAAAAUGUCCAGGAAAAAGCACUAAAUUUUGGUGUUAUUGAUUGGAGGCGACUUGAGAAAUGGACAAGUAGCCAGAAGAAAGAUCAGAAAAUUUUGGUUUCUUCUGCUAUAAACUUGGCGGAGUCUUCAUCUCUUUUUACAAAUCAAACAUGCUCGUAUUCUGGUUGUAGCAAUAGCAACUCUCCUAUUCAAAGGCAGCAAACCUCUUGUAGAAGUAGUAGCAACUCGCCUGCUGAAAGGAAACGAACGCUUUCUUUGGAUGGUAACUGGGACCGGUCUCCUAAGUCAAGAACUUCAACAGAAAGCAGAUCACUUUGGUGCAGUCAUGAAAAAUUUCCCGAAUCCAAGCAUGAAUACGGAACGUCAAUGCAGAUUGCAGCAGGUAGCUCGAUAGAGAAAGAGAAGCCUAAAAGCUGCGAUCAGCAAAGUUCUAAUCAUGAUGGGCGCUUCCGUGAUAAACGGUUUAGUUGUGAAAAAAGUAAAACUUUGGUUGGAAUGCGUGGUGAUAGAAAGGCAAUGGAAGUUUGCAACAGCUUAUCUGGAAAACUACCUCAAAAAUAUUCCCACCAAAGCAGUGUGUCGCGUGAGCUUCUACAAUCCGGUCUUCUCUCUUCUAUGUUCCAGAGUGACCAGUCUGAUUUGGGUUCUACUGCUCUUCCGACAAAGAAUGGAGUCACUUCCACUAAAUUUAUGACCAUAAAUGAGGAAGUUAAACAGAUCGGCAAAUCUUCUGGGAAUUAUAUGUUUAACACAGAUGAUCAAUCAAGUAAUCAGAAAGUGGAAGGCAUCAGUGGAGGAAGAAAAGAGCCUUUGCCUAAGCUUUCCUCUGCUUCUGGUCUGAAAUGGCUGAAUCGAAGCUCGAGUUUGAAAGACGUCUCAUCAAGCCAUCAGCUGAAAGAUACCAAUGGUUUAGAUAUUUCUGAUGACAAAGGGAGAAGCAACAGCAGAGGAAGACGAAGCCCAUUGAGGAGAAUACUAGAUCCACUGCUUAAAUUCAAAUAUGAUGGUAAUUCUGGGCCAAUUGCAAGCUCACCAAUCCAAUUUUCCCAAGAACAUCGUCUUAACAAUAGUGUUUCAUCUGGAAAAGAAUCAACCUCACUGUAUGCGAUGCAGAAAUCAUCUGAUGCUAGCAUUGUUUAUUCCAAUACCCAGAUGCCUAUUACUUCCCAUAGUUUACUUCAGGAUGAGAAGUAUAGCGUAACAAUGAGGCAAGCUCUUGUGAAGCUUGCUUGGAAGAAAGGACAGCCAUUAUUUAUGUUCUCAGCCAAUGACGACAGUGUACUUGUAGCCUCCAUGAGAAGAACAAACAGAUUGGGCAAGGAGGAUUCUGGUGGUAUUUAUACAAUAGUUACGGCUGAAGAACAUAAGAAGAAAGGUGGGAUCUGGAUUGGCCUGGGCAGGAGUGGAAAACCGAAUUUACUUUAUGAUGUAGUAGGACGUAUGGAAGUUUCAUGUUCCAUGCUGUCUAGUUCUGAUUCUAAGAACCUUGAGUUCUCCAGACAAUUUGUUUUGGUUAGUGACGAACUCUUACCAAACCAAGGAUGCAUCGAUUCGGAGCAAAGUAGCCAACUUGCUGCCAUAGUUGUUAAAGCUCAAUGUAAAAAUUUGAACGGCUCUAUUUAUAAAGUCUUAAGCAGGGACCCAGAGUUUGAGAACCUAGCGCUGGAAAAACUCUCUUCCCUCUAUAUAGAGAGUUUGCAAGUAGAGAAAUAUCCUGAAUAUUCAAGAGCUUGUAGUAUCUCAGCCAUUCUCCCUAUUGGGAUCCAUGGUUUCUCGGAUUUAGGAAAGCCAUCAACUCUAAUUGAAAGAUGGAAAUCAGGAGGUUCUUGUGAUUGUGGAGGAUGGGAUGAGGGUUGUAGGCUCACAGUUCUUGCUGACAGUCUUCAUGAGAUGAAGGUUGCUAGUUCAGUCGAAGUAUGUCCAACAACUGAUGGCUUUCGCGACAUUGAAUUAUUCAUCCAGGGAGGGAAAGCAGAUAACAAAUAUGCUUUUCGCAUGAUAGCUUUCAAAGAGGGUCUUUACACCGUGGAGUUUGGUUCAUCAAUUACUUCAUUGCAGGCUUUUGCAAUUUGCAUUGCUACUCUACACUGCAAAAAUUCUAUUGAUGAGGAUCCCCUAUAUGAGAACUAUCCAAAGAUGAAUUCCAUGCAAAACAAUGGAGGCCCAACCAGCUAUGAACCACACCAUCCACCUUUUUCUCCUGUUGGUAGAUCUUAGCUGCCUCGGAUUGCCUUCUACCAUGGCUUGUGAUCCAUCCUAUCCAUGCUGAAUUUCCUGUUUGAUGGACAUAAAACUCUUUAUCAAUAACUAGCUGGUCUUGGAAUGAAAAGGAUUUGCACAGGAUAAGGUAAUACCGAGUGACCCCUUCUUGUUUGUAUCAAUAUUGCAAGCAGUAGUGGAGUUUUAAAUUCAUUAGUAAUAAUGAUGUAUAAACAUCUUAAGUGCAAGUGUACAUUUAAGCAAUCUGUUUAUUAUUUUCUGAAGAAUAGCUACACGACAGAAUUUGCUUCUCUUUUGUAACUGGCGACACUAGAUAAAUAUAUAAAAAUGGCACACUAGCAUAUUUAGCUAGUCGCUUAUUAUUUUCUCC